CUCGUUUUUAUCGACCUUCGUUUAGAGCCGCCGCAGAUAAUAGUCCACAGUGUCCUUGUGUGGGUGAGAAAAGGGUGCAUGUCUGGUGGUUGACCCUGCUUCUAUCACCAUGGCGGGCCCCGAGUAUCUGGGCCUCGAUGCCGUAGGAUGGAAUCGCAUGACCUCGACCUGGUGGGAUAAAGUCCUCGCAUUCUGUUUACUAGCCACAAUCGUUCUUGGUUCACUCUUUAUCCUGGGUUACAUUGGAAGAAAAUUGUAUGGUAUAUGGCGGAAACGUCAUCAACUCACUGAAGUACCGAGCGCUAUUGUCCGGUACUUCGAUCAGCUUAAGACUGGCAAGUCUUCUGCGCCUUGGUCCGAGAAAUCGGCCAAACGCGAUCUCAAAUCUUUCGGAGUGUUCCUGGGCGCUUUCUCCAGUCCCCCCACGCCGGCCGAGACGAAGUUGCUCUCGCAGUGGGAUGUUCUCGUCGUCGACCCCCUUCAACCAGGGGUUCGGAACGCCCUCUCGGGUCAUUGCACCUCUCCGCACGUUCUCGGCCGGAUCGACGUACAAAGCUUGGUGCAAUCGGAUGCCAGUCGCAGUAACGACGAGGUCAUUCAAGCCUUGAAUACAGUGGUCCAGGCCCUGACGAGCAAUUUCAAGCGCGAACAGGGAUCGUCUUCCCCCUUCCACGGAGUGCUGUUAGCCGAAUUCCACGCCCACUUCCAGCCGGUUGUCCUGAACGAGCUGCUGAAGUAUAUCAACGACCUUGGACUGGACGUCUGGCUCGAGCUGGCGCCCCCGGACUACCUCGGGGAGAAGCAAUGUCGCCAGAUCAACAUGCAGCAGGUGCGCGGCAUUGUCUAUCGCAACGGAACCAUCUUGACGGAUGGAGACCGACGCAACUAUUUCCAAAUGGCGGAGAUGCGGGCUGCCAUGCGUGUCGUGGCAGCACAGAAGGCUCGGGGAGAAUCGACUUUGGCGAUGUGGGACACGGUGGAUGAUGGAGUGAAGGUGUCGCAUCAUGUCAUUGGGCGCACGUUCAAGUGGUGCAACUACAACAGUGCAAUGAUUUACAUCGGCCCUCGGGCGGCGUUGACCAACGCGGAGACCGCCGUGGCCGAAACCGUGCAGGAAGAACCGUUAGGCGCCAUGAUGUGGCUGAAACGUGGGGAGGUCCUCGAGGCACAUGACGUGUGGCGCAACAACGCCGCCAUCACCGCCACGCCUUCGAAGGCAUCAACAACAACAACAGCGACGCAGCUCUUCGACUCACUCAACUCCUUCAUCCCCAAUCUCAAAGCCAAACUGGCUCUGGCUCCUCCUGCCGCAUCCUCCAGUCUUGCGCGAGAAAGUCCCGGUCUGAGGAUCAACGGUCUCGAAUGGACCGCCUCCGACGAAAAUCCUCAAAUCGAUCCUCUGGCAUUUUCUCCCGAUGGUGCCACUUACACAGAACUCGGGUGCUUCCAUCUUGGCUUGGAUUGUACUGCGCAGAACAUCACCGAUGUACUCGAGACCCAGCGUCAUUUGCGAGACUUGGAUUUGCUGGAGCGCCUUCAGCCCAAUAAGCUUCGCCCGAUCGCUGCAUCCAUCCGUACCCUCCAGAAGGCACAGGACAUCUAUCCCGAUCUCUCCGAUGCUAUCGCGGCCACCAAGGAGCUGGUUGAUCUGCUGAGCAGCAGCCGUGGCGAUGACAAUGAUCGUCUUCGAGUCUACGUUGGCUUGCACUCUGGCUUCCGCACGCGGCUAGGCACUCAGAUCUGGGGCUUGCUUGAUCUCGAUCCCCACAUCGGUAUGCUCAAUCUUUAUGUGAACGGCAAGUCACUGGAUCGGACUGGAGCCAUCGUGCACGCCUAUCUCUCGGGUCGCGGGUUUAGUCGUACCCAAUGCUUGAUGGUGGAAAUGGCCUUGGCCGCUCAAACCCAGUCGCUGUCCCCAAUCUGGGAGAUGCCUCAACGCUGGGUCGAUGACAUUGAGCAGCUCACACCGGCUGAAAACCUCGUGUGGCAUCGCCGGCUAGCCGCAUCGCAGUGCACUGAUUCUUCUAUGCUGUGCGCGAAGCUGCGAGCCUGUAGCGAAUACCAACUGGUGGAUGCGCCUUCUCACGCUCAACGCCGGGCCUUGACCUCCAGCGCGUACCUGGAUGAGGAAAUCUCCGCUGCUGAGCUUGUCGCCUCCCGGUUGGCAUGGUAUCAGGAACAAGGGUGCUGGUCUCUGAGCCCUGAGGCUGCCACAGCACUUUUCUUGGAGAUUGAUGCUCGGUUACCGGAGGUCUUGCUCGAUAACGAAGCGGAUAUUCUCGCAAAGCUUCAGGAUGUGGUUCAGACUACUCUUCAAAAAGGUCAGAUUGAUGCGAGUGCGGAUUUCUUCGCCCUAUGUAUCUUCUGCGCGUUCCGCCGUCUAGCCUUGAACGAGAUCUACCUGGAAGUCCUUGAUCGGAACCCCCUGCCGAACCAGGAUGCCGUACAGGCUUCAUGCUUCACAGAGAUGUAUGCCUGUGGUGCGCGGACCGACAUGUAUUUUGACACGACACCCAAGCGACUUGGAAAGAUUAUCUGGAAAUGGUACCGGGCUUACUAUCACAAGUACCAGCCACCCCAACGGGAGGAAGCAUUCACAGAGCUUCCCACGUCAUACGCGUCCAUGAAUGUCGAUCUCGAUCCCAAGGGCGACCGGAACACGAUUCCCUGGCAUUAUCGAUUCACAUUCCUGGGUAUCUUCGCAGUUCCGGCGCUGAUCGAUGUCACGAUGCUUACCACUGUCGGUCGCGGUCUCUACCUCACCACCUAUAUGAGCGAUGUGGAUAAAACGCUGGCAACUACCGCCUUGAUGUGCGCCCUGCUUGUCUGUGGUGGCUUCGGCAGCUGGAUCAGCUCCGGAGGAAGCUACUAUCUGUACGCCAUGGCGUUCCCCGCCAUGAGCAUGUUUGUGCUUACACGUUUUGUCGCUGGUCUCGCUGUCGCUCUAGUGGGAGGUAUCAUCGCACUGAUUGCUGUCGGUGUGGUCAAGGGAUUUUCAGCCGGAAUUCUAUUCUUCCUUUACUUUGUGAUGCUGUCAACGUACCUGAUGACUUUGUCCGCGCUGUCCGUCUAUCAGCUACCGGGCUAUUCGUUUCAGUCGGGACGAACUGUGAUCAUGACUUGCAUCCCAAUCCUGUUUAUUUCGCCCAUCGUCACUUUGUGGGUGCACCGCGAUUCGGUCAUCUAUCUGUGCAUCCUCUUCCUCUUCUUGGGCUCUUUGCUAUUUGGGGCGCGGCGCGUCAUGCGACAAUGGAACAGCUGGUAUCUUAACAUUCCCACGGUGACCGACACCCAAAUUGUGGAAUGGUACUUGCAAAAGUGUGUGCCUCCGAGCGAGAGUCAGAAUGAGAAGGUCAAAGACUUCGGAUCAGACGCACGCCAGGCCCUCUACGCUCGUGUUAAGAAAGAGAGACAUCGUCACUUCUGGACCAAAAAGACCACAGACCCGUUGGUAGCGAAGCUGGCUGACGGCUAUUCAGCAACUGUCUUCCUUCUUGGCUGGUACUGCCGCUAUUCUCGGACGAAGAUGCCCCUGCCCUACAGCCCAACCUGGAACCUGCAACUGAGAGCGGCAGUAGACACUAUGGGUGAGAUGCAGAAAGGCCUCAAGCUUCACAGCGCCUUUUUGCACUGGCGUCAUACCGGUGCGGAUGUAUGGUGUGGUAUCCUAUAUUUCGUGGUUGCUCUUUCCGACAAGUGGAGUGCUCUUCUUACUGGCGAGUCCAUUGUCGGUUUGUCUGCCGCAAACAGCGCCACUUAUCGACUGACUGUUGGCUUUGCGCUUGGCUACUACUUGCUGGGUGCUGUCAUUCUUGACGCGGUCUCCCAACCUCUCUGGAUCUCCGUCACCAAACGUACACCUCAGCCUGUGUCUUCGCUCGCCGGUCUACGGGAAGUCACCCUCACCGAUGCCAAUGCACGUCGGAGGCUGUACUGGCAGAACCUGAUGAAGUUUUUUUUCCUACACAUCUGGGGUGUUGCCAUCACUUUGGCCAUCAUGUGGACAUUCGAGACGGCCAAGAUCUCAGUCAUCAUGUUCUUGGCCUAUGUUGGCUGCUACAGCGGUCUGCUCUGGUACCAAUACAACAGAAUCUUCAGCGGACCUCACGUGGCUAGUGGAUUGGCUGCCAGUGCUCUGCUCGGCUUAGUGGUGGGAAUCAUCCUUCACGAAGUCUUGCCGGCAUUCCAGUACAGCAGUGUCAUUGGCCUGGGCAGUGGAACCUGGGCCUGUGCCUUCUAUUCGCUUUACAAAGCCGACAUUGGAUUGUCGCUGUUUAAGAGUUCCCCCGAGGAGAAAAGCAUUGUCAAGAUCAAGGACACGUCGCGAACUCAUGGCUCUAGCUCCCUCGAACCCUGCCCUGAUUUGUCUCAGUCGACACUCUCUCAGAUGUUUGACAAUGUUGGUCUGCUUUCCGAGGAGUUCCGGUACAAGCUCGAUCCGACAAUCCAUCCCGGUGUGGAGGUCAUGCAGAUUCUUCGCUCAGAUCAACCCAGAACGGCUCUUGUCCAAGCUGCAUUCCCUGCUGCCGCGCAUAUCAUCAACCGCACGGCUCAACUUUGGGAAAGCGGAGAAACAACGGUGGAGCUGGUAUCAGCAGCUCACUUAAUCCAGCCUGAGCAGAAAGUCCGUGCACUCUGCCGCCGCACGGGCGAGCGUCUUCAUAUCUAUGUUGUUGUUGGUCCUGACCUUGUCGGCUAUGAUUGGGUCUCGGAUAUCCGACGCAAUUGCCAGGCUAUUGCGGAAGCGAUCAUCCAGAUGACUGCCGAGUUUCAUCUUGGUCUAUCUCAUGAUCAUGCAAUGUUCGCUGAACUUCUCGCGGUGCAUGGUCAAGCUGGCCAAGAACUGGUUCUGCCUGAAGGUGUCAAGCGUCAGCUGGAGAAUAGUUCCGCGGAGCGGACUCGCGUGCUGAACUACACUUCCAAGACAAUCCUCCGCCACCUGUUGCUAGGAAUUGAUUGCGAUAUUGAGUGGGACCUUCUGCCCCAGUUUGCCCGCUCAUUCCUGCUUCGUAGGUGUGUGGGUGAGUCGUGUCGCGUGUCCUCACAGCAACUUGAUUGGCUCGAGUCUAGAGCGACGGCUGGCGAGUCUCUUGACAUCGAGGAAUACCUUGCUCGCUGGAAUCUCGGUGCCAUCAUGACUAUCUCUGUUAAGAAAUAUGCAAAGGCACUGGAAUCCCAGCACCGGGGUCUCGAGCAAGAGGGUUUUCUCAGCAACAGGUACGACAGGCCAAUCCGGGAUAUCUUGGCAUUGAACGCAGAGGUUUCCAACGUCGGCAUGGGUGAGGCCAUCCGGAUGUCACUUGCUCGGACCGUGCAAAUUUGGAAUGCGUGCAUUAAGUUCAUGGUCAUUGCAUUGGUCGCUGACCCAGAAUACCAACGCGAACUUGAUUUCAUGCUUCGAGGACAGCCUUUGUUCUUUGCCUGGCCAGCAACCGUCAUUCUCACUGCUGUGUGGCAAUUUUGCAAAAUGCUGCAGCGCAUCAUUAUUCCUCUAGUCCUGGUGCAUGGUCGCGACAAGGUCUCUACCCUCUACCGAAACAUGCAAGGCUGGAAGACCGUCAUAUACCACAAUCGAGUGGAAAUGGAGAGCCUCAGCGGCAAAUCUACGGGCUUCUUCAGAACCGAAUCAGACGGCACGUUCAAACUGUAUCAAUACACUGGAAAACACGAUCAGGAGCCCGGCGAUUACAAUAGUCUCGUUGCCAUCAACACGUACGGGCCCAAGUUACUGCUUCUGGCGCGACAGGAAUAUCGUGGCCAGGACUUGAUCAACGAGUUCAAAUACGACUACGCUGAAAAUGGGCGCUCGAAGCUGCCUCUGCAACGGCAGUGUACCCAAGGCAAGCUGGAAGGUCAGAUUGUCCAAUACGACAAGCGCGGGUACAUCACUUCCGGCUCCGCUAUGCGGGGCGUCAACCCGAUGGACUUCAAGUUCUAUUAUCGCAAGGGAGCUAAGUUCGAAGACGAACUUCUACGGGCGGAGUAUGAAUUGCCACAUAUGAAGAUCAAGGUCGCCUGGUGCAUGCCGCCUCCUAAUCGUCCUGAGCGCCUGGAUAAGUGGAUCCCAUAUCCCCGUGUGACGGAUGCCACCUACGUGCAAGGAGACGAACAGCACAGAGCUACAUGGACUUAUGAUCACAAGUUCCAUCCUAUAAUCGCUACCACGAUGAACGGGGAGGAAGUGACCACUCCGUCCAUGAUUCAAGAGGAUUGGUUCCAUGUAUUGGAGAAACCAACGAAGUGCAGUUUCUUGGAUGACAAUCCGCUGCUCUCCUUCUCUUCUGUGAAGGUCAACCUCGUUUCCCGGCUGCUCGGCACCAACGUCAAAAAGUACCCAAUCCCCACUUCACGCGCUCGCACCCAUCUUUGGAAAUCAUGGAAAGCGAGCAAAGAGUUCGAUGCCAUCACCGCGCGGUGGUUGGAUGAGAUUCUGCUGCGCACCGAUCGUGUUCUCAAGCCCUACUGGCGUAACCGUGACUGGUGUCGGCUGGAAGUGGCCGGUGACUACCUUGAAGCCCGGGCUGAUACGGUGCUUGCCCGGGUUGACAUUGAUCCUGAAAUUAGCUCGUGGACACCCAUCGCCUUCAAGAUCGCGGAUCUGUCAAGUUUCGGGGUGGGAGGAGAAUCUCGCAUCAACACCCGAACUCUGUCGACGCAAAUUCAGGACACUGACACUGAGCUUCACGUUCUCGCUAUGGAUACCGGUACUUGGCCCAAUGAGCCCGGUGGUGUCUCGGCCUGUAGACGCGACAUGGUGAACGACCUGAAGGGCAUCCGCUGGCACAUCCUUGCCGAGGCAGCCAACGACUUCGGUGUGCCAAGGUUUCAGAUCGAGAGAAACGUGCAGUCACUGACGGUCUUGCCUCAAUGGGGACUUGACUUUUUGAACCCGACGCAUGGCAUGUUCCAGAACUAUCUUGAUUCCGAGGUUGUCCAGAAAAUCCACGACACCAAGAUUGCCGACAUCGAACAGAACUUCAUUCCGAUCUUGGCCAGCCUGGUCCGAUGUGCUCGUACCAUCAACAAGACUCGCGCCCAUAUUGAAGAAGCUACGAAGGCGUUAGUCGAUCUCAACACUUACUUCGAAUCCUCGCGAAACUGGAACGAUGUUUGGAUGAGUGACACCGUCAAGCGCGCUUGGCGUGAGCUCUGGCUGACUGAGGAAAUGGAUGGUGCUAUUCCCGUCUCCGAAUGGUGGCACGCCGAGCUGCCUACUCUGCAGCAGCUCGAUACAGCCCUCGACAUGUGGCACCGCUAUCUUUUCAUCUUCUCCGUCCCGGUUCCCGACCGCAUUCCAGAUGUGUUCCAAGCCUCUCACCACUUUACUGGCGCCAACUACGGUGUGCUCUGCAAGGUGAAGCGCAAGUGUGCACUUCAUGUUUGGGAUCACUGCGUGAGUUUCCGUGAGAUGACGACGUUCCUUUCUGCGGCUGUGUCUUUUGACUCCACCUUCGUCAACACUACCCUUAUCUCUCUGGGCCACCUGUCUUGCGUUCUCAUUGAGCACCAUGCGGAUGUCGUUCUUCCGUGUGCCGAGUACUUCAAUCCCGGGUGGGAGAUUGAAUUGGGAACGUGUGAAGGUGUCUUGGAGCACCGUCGGGCAUUCGCACGCAAGAUCGAUCCCGUGGUCAACGGCAUCACGAACAUGGAGAGAUACAAGCCCAUCGAGAAGAUCAAGACCGAGACACCCACAGUUGUCAUGUUGUCGCAUAUUCGUUAUGUCAAGGAUAUCAAAACGGCUAUUAUGGCCACGGAUCUGAUUGUCAACCAAUGGGGCUUCAAGGACUAUCGCCUGCAUAUCUACGGCGACAUGGAACGUGCACCGGGAUAUGCCUCGGAAUGUCAAGAAGUUAUCGCGUCCAAGUCCCUGCGCGACCAUGUUGUACUGAAGGGUCUGGGUAAGCCAGAUGUGGUACUACAGGAUGCUUGGCUGUUCAUGAAUUCGUCGACCUCGGAAGGUCUGCCGCUUGCCAUGGGUGAGGCAGCUUUGACUGGAGCGCCCGUGGUGUGUACCGACGUCGGUGCGUCAUUCUGUGUUGUUGUCAACCGCGAGACUGGAAAACGAUUCAGUGAGGUUGUUCCUCCCAACGAUGCCUACUCUCUGGCGUCCGCACAGAUUCGUGUCAUGGCCUUGCUCGGAGAAUGGAGCCAGUUCGCCGGAGACCCUGAGGGAUUCGUUCCCCCAACUCUGGGUCUCCGCCCGUCUCCCGAGGAAGUGCAAGAGAUCUCGAAGCGCAUGUACGCGAAGCAGGAGGAACGCCGCAAGUUUGGUAUGCAAGGUCGUGACAACGUCCUCGCCAGUUUCUCCAGUCAUCGGUACCUCCGCGAACACGAACAGAUGCUGUGGCUGGGCAAGUACCAGAGUCUCAGUUACUUCGCCCACGGUCCGGCUUCUUCGGCUGGCUCGAGUGGAUUCUUCAAGGAUGCGAAGGGGCAAGUGACGGUUGAACAAGUUCCGGAUGCUCUGUUGCCGCCUACUCCUCCUUGGAUGGGUGGUUCCAGGCGUACGCGCGGAAAGCGUUUCGCGAGGUUCAGUUCGACUAGUACGCAGUCGCUUGCAUGAGUGGGUUACAGUACGUGAUAGCAAAUGGGUAAUAGGAUCGGAGUAUCUCGAGUAGUCCGAUCUGUACAUAGGACCAGCUAUAGGCUAGUAUUUAAUUAGCAUAAUUAUAAUGACUCUUUGGAC